AUCUUCCACUGAUUAAUUCUCAUUCUACUGCUUCACUUGAUUUUAGUGUGAUAUCAAAACAUGAAGAUUGAUAUCGAAGUGAUCUCCAAAGAAACCAUAACACCAUCUUCUCCGACCCCCGCUGACCUUCGUCACUACCACCUCUCUUAUCUUGAUCAAAUCCAACCCCCAAUUUUCAUGCCUUUGGUUAUGUUCUAUCCAAGCGAGACCAACACCAAUGGUGUAGAACAGGCUGAGAAGAUAAAGAAAUCUUUGUCCGAAGCUUUAACUAUUUUUUAUCCGUUAGCAGGACGGAUCAAGGUUGACAAUGCCUACGUCGACUGCAACGACGAAGGUCUCUACUUUGUUGAAGCCAAGGCUAAUUGCUACCUUUCUGAUAUCCUAGACCGAAGAGAUCCAGGGGACAACAAUAGCUUCAUUCCUUUCGAGUUGGAUGAUGGUGCUGACACCUUACCGGCCAUGGUGCAAAUCACCUUCUUCAAGUGCGGUGGAUUAGCUGUCCUCAUUGGCAUGUCACAUAAGGUUGGUGAUGCCUCUUCGUUAAUCAUGUUCCUCAAUUGCUGGGCGGCAAUAGCACGCGGCGCCAAUGCUGAGAUAGUAGCUCCUCGAUUUGAGGCUGCCACCCUGUUUCCUCCAAAAGAUAUAUCUGGGUUUCAGCCGAGAACUGGGAUCAUAAAAGAGAAUAUUGCGACGAAGAGGUUUGUGUUCGAUGCAUCUGCUGUUGCAAAUCUAAGAGAGAAAUACACCGUAGAUGGGGGACGUUCGACUCGGGUGGAGGCUUUAUCCGCCUUCAUAUGGAGCCGUUUCAUGGCUGCUACGAAGGCAGAAACUGACGAGCAGUCCGGAGAGUUCUACACCGUUGUUCAGGCAGUGAACCUACGUACUCGGAUGGAUCCGCCGUUGUCGAAUCACUACUUCGGAAACAUCAUACGAGCAGUGUUCACAAAGCCUUGUGCAGCUAAUGAAUAUGGACCUCAUGAAAUUGUCAACCAAAUAAGGGAUGCAAUAUGCAAAGUGAACGCAGAGUACGUGAAGAAACUCCAGGAAACCGACGGACACUUGGAGUUCAUGAAAAAGGCAGCUGCAAGUUACUUGAAAGGGGAGAUGGUGAGUUUUGCCUUUACCAGUUUGUGCAGGUUCCCUGUAUACGAAACCGAUUUUGGGUGGGGAAAGCCUGUGUGGGUUGGGUCUGCUCGGAUGACAUUUAAGAAUUUGGUUACAUUCUUUGACACCAAAAGUGGCGAUGGGAUAGAGGUAUGGAUAAACUUGAAGGAGGAAGACAUGGCCAAGUUUGAGGCUGACGAGGAGUUGAUUGCGUAUGUUUCCCCAUCCCCAAACGCCUAAGUUACUGCCCAAAAGAAAUAUAUUCUCUUAUAAUAUGUUUUCAAAAGUAAAAAUCAGUAUGUCUU